AAAGAAAGAAAGGCUGCAGUUUGAAUUGCACGUUACUUUCGACGUAAUGGUGUUUUGCAUUAUGAGAGUGAUUAACAAAAGUUAUUCGCGACUGAAAUUAACACUCCCUUCAAUCAUUAAGUGAACUGCCAUCUAUAUUUCAGUAUUUCGACGAAGCUAUAAAGACUUAGAACUUUAAAUUAUUAAGCAAAUAUAUCGGAAUACUAGGCAAGCAGCUGGGUGUUUAUCGUAACUAGAGAAUAGGAUUCGAUUGUAAUUUAAAAGUUUUCCUAUCAAAUAUGCCUGUGAGGAUGGCUGCGAGGGUGAAAUCCACGGCAUCGAGGGUUUUAUUACACUGAGGUCAUAGUAAUAUGUAUAGUUGUACGCGAGCGCCCAAUUUUGGGGAAAAUUUGACCCUUUUUCGGGGAAGACGCUACAGUGAACUUUGGAGAAAUGGCACAGAAACACCAAAUUUCCCAAGAUCUGAGGGAAUUCCCCUUUAGCCUUGGUGGAGGUCAUUUUACUUUGGAGGUUUCCCCAAACUUGGGAGACUGGGUAGCCUAAUCCCAGUUCCCUGAUUUUGGGGGAAUUUCGGGGUUUACCCCAAAGUCAUAUACAUUUUUAGUUUCCUCUAAAUUCUGAGGUUUUGUGUCACUUCCUCAGAUGUUCCUUUUGUGGUUUCCGUAAAACUGAUGCUUUUUCCCCCGAAAUUGGAAGAUUAGUGUAGGCUGUAAUCCGAAUGUUAUACGUAAGUUUGUUAGUGCUCUCAUGCUCCAAGUUUCAUCGUUGAAUUUUUGUACAGGUAGCACUCACCCUAAAAGCAUUUCAACUGGUCUUUUACCUCAUGAUCCAGAAUUGGAAUUGCUGCUUUCUAUAUGCUUUCAUUUUAGUUUAUUGUUAAUUAUUCUAAACUGGAUUGAUAUAUUUUUGUAUCGGAUUCUACAUUCACCAUAUUUGUCAAGUAUGGAAAGGGGGCAAAGUUAGACAUUUCAAUAGUGGCGAGUUUCGUGAGGUAGUGAGUAAUCAUUUUUCGGUGAGACUAUAAUUUAUAGACAAACCGAUCAGAUUUAGGGUAAUGGGUUUUGGAUUUUGGCGCGAAGUUCAUUCAUCCAUUUGGAUAAAUGGAGCUUUAGCAGUUUAGCUGACGCAAUUUUGUAAUGAAAACUCCCAGUCUAUCUCUUAACUCUAACCGUCAACUGCAUAUCACAAUCCUAAUUUCUCGCAAUAGUUUAUCUAGCUCUGGUAAAUAGAUGGGGAUUCUGGAGGUCACUUUAGCGCCACUCAAAGGCUGACACAAAUUAUAGUCCUACCGGAUUUUCUCGUCACAAAUCUCAAGUCACUGGGACCCAUGUUUCUGUGUUUUUUGUUUCUUUUUCAUGAAGGUUUUCAAAUAGCAUUAAUUUGACUGUAUCUUCAGGUUCCAAUUUCCCAAUACGCAGAAAUGUCUGGAGCCUUUGCGCAAAAUAGUUCUAGAUAUGUAAUCGCUCAUGAAGCAACAAGUGCCAAGCGUCUUUUAGACGAGAACGAGCAUAUCAUCGAGUUAGUUUCUGACCUUGCUAGAAAAGGUCGAUUCCGUGAAUCGGUCCAACUUCAGGCCGUUCUUCAACGUAAUUUAGUGUAUCUUGUGUCGUCAGUUGAUCAGAAUAACUUGGAUUCAAAGGAACUAGUUGAUGCUGACACUGUUGCUAAAUAAGUAUCCUUUCAAUCCAUGUAAUUUACUUGAAGCUGAAGUUGUUCGGCUUCUGUUACUUUUGCCACACGACCUUUCAUAUUGAUGGAUGUUUGUACGAUCUCGCGUCCCACCGAUUUUGCUGUUCAUCAUUUCUUUCAAGAAAACCUUUAUUUUAAUUCAUUCUUUCGAAAUAAUAAGAACUCUUCAUACUCUUACAGUUAAAUAUUGCUCCUAGAAAUGAUGUAUAUAUCAUGUUGGCCCAGGCAUCGCAAUCAAUAUUUUGUUAUUUCAAUACAUUGAGUGAAAAGUAUUGUACUUGUGUUUAGUUUAUUUUUAUUGACUCCACCGGCUUAAGGCCAGUUUGUAAAUAGUUAUGUACAUAUGUGUAUAUUUGUGUAUUUGCUUUAGCUGUUAUUCUGUCUAAUAUCAUUGACAGAUUGGCCUGGUAAUUAAUUUUUUGAGAAUACAUAUAAUUUAAACGAC